AUUUAACCAAUGAAAAACGUUAUUACUAUGUAUGCAGGGGCGUGUCCUGUCCAGAAAACCAGUGGGAUCUGCAAACAGGAAGUGAGGCUAUCUGGCGUGUUGGCAGGCUAGCUAGCUCACUUAGCAAACCAGGAAGUUAAAAGUGACAGCGGCGGUUUACUGGCGUCGCGCCCCCGUCUUUUUCUCCCCUCCUCUUUCCUCAAACCACCGCUGACUUCCCUGUCACUUUGGAGUACUUGGACCGUGCCCCAGGCGUCACUUUUCACCGCCGUCUUGCGUGCGCUCGCAUGGGCAGCGGAGGAGUCAACAUUAUCUCCCGAAAAGCACCCGCUCCCCGCGGUCUCUCGUGUCUAGUCUAUCCACGCGCUUGUGCGUUAAGUUUUUAAAGAGAAUUGAAGAUGGCGACCAGCUCGGAGCGUAGCCCUCCACCGUUCCCGGACUCCGGGGACGUCGCAGGCCGUGGCAGCGAUGAAGACGACGCCGACGAGCUCUUCAUGAGUGUGAAUAACUCCUCACUUAGUGAGACGCCGUCAGCCAGUCAGCCCAGCGAUGAAUUGAUCACUCCUUCCAGCGACACCGCGACCGACCCCAUCAGCAGCGGGUCGGGAUCCAAAACGCCGAGCGAGCGCUCCGACGAGAUCGAAGACAACUGGAUGAGUCCUUCCGUAUCGGUGGGAUCCAAAGGGGAGGAAAAGGCCUUUGGUCAAAACCCACUCAACGAUGAUUUCGUUGACAUACUGGGAAGCGAAACUGAACCGCAACAGGAAAUAGUAACGGGGGAUGUGAGUGAAAGCCAGCCGCCUGACGUCGAUGACUCAAAAGAGGAAGUUAAAGAAACGGCGCCGCUUUUAGAUAUCGGUUUAUCUGAGGACCCCGCACCACAUCCAGUUAACAAAGUGGCGGACCCUCUUGCAGACUUCUUUGACGAUCCUCCACCCGUAACAAGCCAGAAGCAGAGCUCCGCCGCCGCGGAUCUGUUCGAAGAUGAAGGUAGCGACUUAUUCGCCGACCCGCUGGCGAUCAAACCUGCCAAGCCGCCUCAGAAGAGUCUUUUCGACGAGCCUGACGAGGAUAUUUUCGGAGAGACGACGGGUGCCAAGAAAGACGAGCCUCUAGCUGAAAAGUCCCCAAGCGGAGCUCCCCAGCCGGAUCGUGACCAAGGUGACAUCUUCAAAGAGGAAGCCAUCCCACCUAGCAACACCUCACGUAUCAACUCAAAAACAAACGGAGUCCACGUGGAAGAAAGCACUGAUAUAUUUGCUGAUGCCACAGUGGAGCUCUCGCUGGACAGUCCUCAGAACGAGAGGAAGAAGGAACCCGCCGCCAAACCUUCCAUGUCGACGCCUGUCGUUUCAAACGUUGCCGCUGUGGCCAAGCCAUCCCCACCGUCAGCUGUGCUGGAGGAACUGGAUGAAGAGGAGGAGUCGGAGCUUGAGGACAAAUUCGACAUCAACAUUGCAAUUAGCGAUCCAGAAAAAAUAGGGGAUGGAAUGACCGCCUAUAUGGCCUACAAAGUGUCCACUCAGACCACAAUGUCUAUGUUCCGCAACAAGACCUUCACGGUACGCCGGCGCUUCAGCGACUUCCUGGGCCUGUACGAGAAGCUCUCUGAGAAGCACGGACCCAACGGUUUCAUCGUGCCGCCUCCGCCAGAGAAGAGCAUUCUGGGUAUGACCAAGGUUAAAGUGGGGAAAGAGGACUCGUCUUCCGCGGACUUUCUUGAAAGAAGAAGAGGCGCUCUGGAAAGAUAUCUUCAGAGGGUGGUCACUCACCCUUCGCUUAUUCAAGACCCUGAUGUGCGGGAGUUCCUGGAGAGAGACGAAUUGCCCAGAGCUGUGAGCACGCAAGCUCUAAGCGGCGCCGGCUUCCUGAAAAUGAUCAACAAAGCGACAGACGCCGUCAGCAAAAUGACCAUCAAGAUGAACGAGUCAGACGUGUGGUUCGAGGACAAACUGCAGGAAGUAGAGUCUGCUGACCAACACUUCCGGAAGCUCCACGCUCUGGUGGAGUCGCUCGUCGUUCACAGGAAAGAGCUUUCCGCAAACACGGCGAGCUUCGCCAAGAGCGCCGCCAUGCUGGGCAGCGCCGAGGACAACACGGCACUGUCGCGAGCGCUCUCGCAGUUGGCCGAAGUGGAGGACAAGAUGGAGCAGCUGCAUCACGACCAGGCGGCCAACGAUACCUUCGGCUUCGCCGAGCUCAUCGCCGAUUUCAUACGACUGCUCGGCGCCGUCAGAAGCUCAUUUGACCAGCGUAUGAAGGCGUGGCAACGCUGGCAGGACGCACAGAGCGCGCUGCAAAAGAGGCGAGAAACUGAGGCUAAACUGCAGUGGGCCAACAAACCCGACAAGCUGCAGCAGGCCAAAGAGGAGAUUGUGGAGUGGGAGGCCAAAGUCACGCAGUACGAGCAAGACUUUGACAGAGUGUCGGCCACCGUACGCAAGGAAGUGCUACGCUUCGAGAAGGAAAAGGCGAGAAAUUUCAAAAGACAGAUCAUUAAAUAUCUGGAGAAUCUGCUCAAGUCCCAGCAACAGCUGAUCAAGUACUGGGAGGCCUUUUUACCCGAAGCCAAAGCCAUCGCCUGAGCGAGCGCGUGAGCGCCACCUCCUGUUUGUCUUUGAACAAGGUGUAGCAUGUUGUUACAACCAAGCCUCUCCUUGUUUUCCAUUCAACUUCCUCCUUACUGUAUAUUUCCCUAUCGUGUAACCUUGCGCAAAUAUUUUCUUACAAAAUAAAACCGAUGAAAGAAGCCUUCUGGCCAAACGACUCUAAAGGGAUGAAGCCAAAAUUUAGUUUGGAUACAAAAAAAUAGCUUUUCUUCAGUUGGUUUUGAUGGCAUUAGAUUGCAAUUUUACUGUAUGUAGAAAAAAAAGACAAAUGACUUCACAUAUGUGUGCCUUCUAUAAACAAGAGAAAGAAAAAAAGCAAACGUAGGAGACGAUUGGAAAGUUUUUGCAUAUGCAUUUUCCCACUCAUUACUGUACGGAAGAGUAUUUGGAUAACAUUUGGGGAAAAUAUCACAGUGAAAAUCAUCCAGAAUUUAAAAAAUGAAGUAGAAUUCAGGUUGACACGUUGAUCGUAGCUAUAGCAACCAAGGAAAACGGGCAAGAACAAAUUUUUAGAAAAUGACUGCAUGACAAAUUUAAAAGUAGGAUGGAGUAUUAGGUCUAAAUGAAAAAAUAUCAGGACUACAGAAUAAAAUAAUACUGUUACAAGAUUGCAGUCAUAAAUUGUAACACUUCGAGAAAAAGUUGUAUUAUUAUCGCCGUACGUCUAAUAGUCGUACGUUGUAUUAGUACAUGUCUUAAUAUUACGAGAUUAGUAGUAAUUUUACAAAAUCAUAAUUUACACAAAGCAGUUAUGUUAUGAGAAAAUAGUUGAAAUAUUAUCAGAUUAAUGUCGUUAUAAUACAACAAUUUUAAGAUCGUAACAUUUAGUAGUGUUCAGACUUCAUAAAUCUUUAUAUCACGAGAUUAAUCUCGUAAUGUUAUGACUUUUAUCUCGUAGUAUUACGUAUUGCGACGUGUAAAUUCAUUCUUCAAACAAUUAGUAUUUAAAUCUUGUAGUAUUGUGACAUUAAUCUUGUAAUACUAUGAUUGGUCCUAAUACUUCGUCAUGCAAAAAUAACAAUUUCACUCACGACAAACUCAAAAGUAUUGGGGCCCACCAAAAAUACUAAGACUACAAGAAUAAAGUCAUAAUGUUACGAGAUUACAGUCAUAUGAUAUAACACCACUGGGAAAAGUCGUAAUAUUAUUAGAAUAAAGUCAUAUGUUGGAUUAGUACUAGAUUAAAGUCAUAACGAGAUUAAAGUUGUAGUUUACAAGAAAUGUUUUAAUAUUACGAGAUUAGUCGUAAUAUUGCAAAAUGAAAUCAUAAUUUACACAAAGUCGUAAUGUUAGGAGAAAGUCAGAUUACAAGAUUAAAUCGUUAUAUUACAAUUUUAAAAUUGUAAUAUUAUUGUUAUUAUUAUUGUGAAGUGUUACGUUAUCGCGUACUAUGGCAUUCUCGUAGUUUUAUGACUUUAAUUUCGUAGUAUUACGACUAAAUGUCAUACUACUACGAGUUUAUUCUCGUAGUAUUAAGAGGUUAUCUUGUAGUUAGUCGUAAUAUUAUUGGAAUAAAGUCAUAAUAUUGCAAGAUUAACUCAUUAUAUUACAAUUUUAAGACGGUAAUAUUAUGCAACGUUAUGUAGUAUUAGAGAUGUUGUAUUAUGACGUUCUCGUAGUUUUACGACUUUAAUCUGUUUCACGACUUCAUUCUCGCAGUUUUACAACUUCAUUCUCGCAGUUUUACGACUUUAUUCUCGUAUCUUUGCGACUUUAAUUUCGUAGUAUUACGACUAAUUUCGUAGUAUUACGAUUUAUCAUACUACUACGAGUUUAUUCUCGUAGUAUUAAAAUGUUAGCUCUUAGUCGUAAUAUUAUAGGAAUAAAGUCAUAAUAUUACGAGAUUUAAUCGUUAUAUUACAAUUUUAAGAUCGUAAUAUUAUGAAACGUUAUGUAGUAUGAUAUUAUGACGUUUUCGUAGUUUUAUGACUUUAAUCUCAAUUUUUCGACUUCAUUCUUGCAGUUUUAUGACUUUAAUAUCGUAGUUUUACGACUAAUUUCGUAGCAUUACGACUUGUCGUACUACUACGAGUUUAAUCUUGAAGUUUUAGGACAUUAUCUCGUAGUUAGUCGUAAUAUCGGAAUAAAGUAAUAUAAUAAUAAUAAUAAAUAAUAAUAAUAAAAAUAAUAUGACAAGAUUAAAUCGUUAUAUUACAAUUUUAAGAUUGUAAUGUUAUGUAGUAUUACGACGUUCUCGUAUUAUGACGUUCUUGUAGUUUUACGACUUUAAUCUCAGUUUUAUGGCUUAAUUCUCGUAGUUUUACGACUUAAUUCUCGCAGUAAUCCAACUAUAAUCUCGUAGUUUUAAAUUUUUAAUCUCGCAGAAUUGUGACCCCAAUCUCGCAAUAUUACGACUUUAAAGAGCAAUCUCGUACGUAUUGCGACAAAGACUUCGUUCUUCGAACAAUUAUGGUUUAAAUUUAGUAAUAUUGUGACAUUAAUCUUGUAGUGCUAUGAUUUUAUUCCCGUAUUCCUUAUUUUCUUCUUCUUUGUUUGGCCCUAAUACUUCGUCGUACAAAAAUAAAUAUUUCACAACUCCCCCCCCAAAAAAAUUCAACUCAACGUUUAAUGUAUUUUUUCCCACAGAAAAUUUUGCUUGCUACAUUACGAACAUUUUUAUUAGCGGGAGUUUUUUUUUUCUCUUUUAUUUAGUCACGCUUUCAUUGAUCAAAAGGAAAAAAAAACAAACACAAUUGUAGUUGUAGUCAGAGUUGCUCAUUGACAACCCAAAACACGACACAUUUUUGGUCAAAUGUUUUUGUUGUUAGCAAACAUUCUAAAAGGAGUUUAGUCUAAUAAAAAGUUGUGCAGAAAUUUGCAAUGUCAUGAUUGUUACAAAUGUUACUUGUUUACAAGAAAAGCCAAGCAUUCAACCCCUGGAAAAUGGAAAUUACAAAUCAACUCAUGUAUCCUUACGCUAUUUUGUAUAAUUUUUCUUGUACAAUGCUGACUAUAUUUUAUAUACUUGUAUUUUGUUGAUUUUUCUUCCUGUCAAAUCCUUACUUUAUCAAAAUUGUUUCCCUCCUCGCAAUGUUUUUGCGUUUCCGCUGGUUACUGCCCGUUUAUUUUCACACGGCUCAAAUGCCCUCAUGUUGUGGGCGAAUAGAAAACAAGCGUGACUUGAGUUAACUGUCAAACAAGCAUUUUCUCAACUGCUUCAUUGUAACGUAACACACUGUUGAGAAGGAAUUCUGCUGUACAAUCAGGUGUGCGUCGCAGCUAACAUCCACAUUCUGACACUAAAUAUCCCAACAAAACAUAGGACAUUUUUCAUCUAUUGGGCGCUAACUCAAUGAAGGCAAGUGAAAAAUGUCUUUUUUUUUUUUUUGAUUGAUUGAUUUAGGUGGGGAGGGUUAUAAAGUUAUAGAGAGAUUCAUGUUCGAUUAAAUCACACCAUGUUUUACCGUGGCGGGAGCUGAAUUAAAAGCCAGUGUGCUGUCAAUGUACCAAGAAACAAAAAAUGUCACCAAUGUGCACCUGUCUCAUGGAAACUUCCUAGGCAAAGAAAUUAAAUAAAAGUUGCACUGUUUACACUUGGAUAUUUGGACAA